AUUUUGGACGACGGGACACUGGGCAAAAUGGACCGAGUCGUGCUCACGGACGAGUACUCGCACUACCAAGACUUGACGGUCACCAUCGAGACGCGUGGACCGCGCUGGCGCCGCCGGUUUGCCACGCGCCAGCAGCGCAAGUACGACGCCCAAGUGUGUACGAAUGGCCUUCUGCGCGCGGUCCACGACUUUCUCCAAGAGCACUCGCCUCACGAGCCACUUCUCGCGGCGACGUUGGCGCGCUGGCAGCGCGAUGUGCGCGGCCGUGUCGGCGACCUCGAGCUGCGGCCCCGCCGAUCUUUCUUUCAUUUUGGAGAGGAGUUGCUUGGUGGCAUCAAGACAAGUCAUGUGUAG